AUGCGGCCGUUGGACGAGAAGGAAACGCAGGCGGUGUUUGAGAAACUUCACAAGUUCAUCGGCAGCAACAUCAAGCACCUCAUCGAACGUAAAGCGCCGGAAGGGCCGGGCGGCGCCACUGGGGGUUACUGCUUGAGACUACAGAAGCAACGCGUGUACUAUGUCAGCGAGGCCAUCAUGCGGAGAGCAACAAGUGUGUCCCGGGACCACCUAGCGUCACUGGGCACGUGCAUUGGCAAGUUCACCAAGUCGGGCAGCUUCCGUCUCACAGUCACUGCGCUCGACCUGCUUGCAGCUUACGCCAAGUGCAAGGUGUGGGUGAAGCCAGCAGCAGAGAUGUCAUUCCUGUACGGCAACCACGUGCUCAAGAGCGGGCUGGGGCGAAUCACCGAGAGCACGCAGCAGAACCAGGGAGUGGUGGUGCUGUCAAUGUCAGAUGUGCCUCUGGGCUUUGGAGUGGCGGCCAAGUCGACACAGGAGUGCCGGAAACUCGACCCUAACGCCAUUGUUGUGUUCCACCAGGCCGACACAGGUGAAUAUCUUCGCAUGGAGGAUGAGAUAUGA